UGUUUUGGUUUUGUUUGUUUUUCUCGUUCUGCUUUCGUCGCAGUCGAAUUUCCAGCAGUCCUGUUAAACACUUCAACAGGAGAGAUUGAAUCUGAAUUCCACACCUAUGUCCAGCCCCAGGAGCAUCCUAUUCUCUCUGAAUUUUGUACAGAACUAACUGGCAUAACGCAGAAUCAGGUUGACGAAGGGGUCCCUCUAAACAUUUGUUUAUCACAGUUUUUGAAAUGGAUUCAAAAGAUACAAAAGGAGAAGAAAAUUAUAUUCAGUACUGAUCUUCUAAGUAAUUCUACUUCAGAAGCAAAAGCAUGUACCUUUGUUACUUGGACAGAUUGGGACCUGGGUGUGUGUUUACAGUAUGAGUGUAAAAGGAAGCAGCUGCGAAAACCUGACAUUUUUAAUUCCUGGAUUGAUCUCAAAGCAACAUACAGGGCCUUCUAUAAUAGGAAGCCUAAAGGGCUAAAUGGCGCUUUGCAGGAUUUGGGGAUAGCUUUUGCAGGACGGGAGCAUUCUGGGUUGGAUGAUUCUCGGAAUACUGCCCGUCUUGCUUGGAGGCUGAUUUGCGAUGGAUGUGUGCUGAAGGUUACUAAAUCCUUGGAUAAGGUACAUCCAAAGAAUAAUUUAAUUUCCAGAACACUGACUAUAAACUUCACUGACAAGACUCCACUGGGAAGUAACAGCAGACCUGAAACAUCUAGAGAUGGAACUUGUGAAACUAACUCUCUGGCUGAAAAAAAACAGAACGGUAUUGCUGGAAUUAAGAGAAAUCCUAAUAUACAAACUGAAGAACAACAGACCGCUUGCACUGAUUUCUCUGCAGAUGUCCACGUUGUACCGAGCUGCAGCUCAAGGACUGAGUUACACACUCAAGCACAAAACUCUUCAACAGCAUCUACUGACAGAUUUCCCGUUUCUCUUGAGCAGGCACAGCAAUCUCCCAGUACGGUAUCAACAGACAUUCAGCAACGACUGAGCAACGGGCAGCUGCUGAGUACAGCCAGACACAGCCCUCCAGUACACGGAUCAGGACUAGUGCUCGUCUCCACUACCAUCUCCUCAGUUAAUAUCUCCAGUGAGGAUGUAAGUACUAGUUCUGAUUGCUUAUCUCUGCUGACUGACUGGGAAGAUGUCGCUUUAAUACCAGAAUCUCAAUAUAUACAAAAUUCAGACUGUGUUCAAUUCAAAGAUGAUUCAAGUACAGAUAUUUUAACAGUGUCUGAAGAGAAAAUAAUUUCGAAACAAUUGGCUGUGAUGAGUUCAGAUAAUCAAAGUCUGCAGAAAACUGUAGUACCUGUGGAACCUCUGAAAUCUAUUGUUUACAAAAGUCCUGAUACUACUAUCUAUAAUGUAGGAACAGUACAAAGGCAGACUUCACAUUCUUCAGCUUUUAAGUUGCCGUCUGCAAAGGUAAAUGCUAUUUCAGCACAAUCAGCAUUAACUGGAAAUUAUUCUACUCCUUUGGAGGUUCCUAAAAGAAAGCCAACUAGUCCAAAAGCGUUCCCACCAGCAAAAAAACAGCCUUUUGCUAUAUAUCAAGAGAAAACUGCAUCUUUUGAUCAUUCCUUACCUUUAAGAAGUUCAAAUUUGCCUGAAGUGUCUCCUGCCAUUCUGAACUCCACAGUCAAUUUGAAUCAGUCUGUAACAGCUGUGAAAAAUGGAAAACCAACUCCCCCUCUGUGUAACUGCGGUCGAAGAGCUAAAAAACUGUAUGUGUCAAAUGCUGGUCCAAAUCAUGGCAAAGCAUUUUUUUGUUGUCCUGUUGGCAAGCGUGAAGGUAAUAAGAAAGGCUGUGGAUAUUUCAAGUGGGAAUAUGUGCUUCUAAAAGAGAAAUCUAAUGGUCUCACCGUGAAUGCAGAUGCUUUGACCUCUCUUGGAACUUAUGCUAGUAAUUUAGGAAAUUCUUCCAACAAAAAAUAUUUGUGUCUUAGACCCUCUAUGAGAACUUGA